AUGAAGCUAAGCGCUAAGCUCCUGAAAUCGCUGCAGAAUUUGCACAGCCAUGGAGUUGGCCCUCCAUUCCCUUCUUUCCUUCUCCAAUUAUUCAUCUCCCCCUUGCAUUUCUUUAACCCCAUCCCUACAUGUAAGCAGACCCUCCAGUUUCAGCUUCCACUUCCGGCCAAGGCCACGAUCACUUCUUCAACCUCUACAAGCUUCUCGCUGGCUUCUGCUACCCGUUGGCGAUGGAGAGUGGAAGCAUAUAGGGUCUAAAGUAGAAAUGCCAGAUGCGUUCGAAAUUGUGUCGAAUGAGGUCACUGUUGGACGCCUUCCUGAUAAAGCUGACAUUGUAAUUCCGGUUGCUACAGUUUCUGCUCUACAUGCUCGCAUCAAAAACCAAGAAGACAGGCUGUUGGUCAUAGAUCUAGACAGCACCAAUGGGACUUUCAUCGAUGACAAGAGACUUAACCCUGGGGUUGUUGCUGCUGUAUCAUCUGGCAAUUGCAUUACUUUUGGGGACAUCCAUUUGGCCAUGUUUCAGGUCUCAAAGCUGAAAACUGUUGAAGCUGCUACCAAAAUCCAAGAAGAAUCUGAGGAGCCAAUCAGUGAUUCUGAAACAAGUUGAGAGAAAUGGCAAAUUUUAUAUUCUAAAACUUUUGGUUUGGAACAAUUUUUCCAGUGAGUCAUCUAAUUGAAUUCCUAUGCUAAAAGAAGGCAGUCUUCCUUCAUUCUGGUUACCCAGGAAUUUUAUUCCUAUGCCCUCUUCAUUAUUAUUUAUAUUCACUCUCUUUACUUCUUCA